AUUUUGUAUAUAUAUUAGGUAAUAGUUAUAUUUUUGGCGGUUUGAUCUGAAUUGAUCCCAACUUUUCAAAAUAUAAAAACUCUCCCUGAAAAAUAUUAUUUUCUGUAAGAAAUUAAAAUUAAUUUCAAGAAACCCUACCUUCUUCAAUGGCGUUAUUCAAGAAACAAUCUUUCCUCUUGUUUCUGGUAAUCACCCUCUCUCUCUUCUUCACUCCGAACUCAGAGCCCGGCCGGCACAACCAGCACCACCCACACUACAGCCACGCGCCGCCGCCGGAUCGAUCAAUAAUUAUCAAACCGAAAUUCUCGUCGGAGCUCCUCCUCUCAACAAUCUCCCUACCGACAACCCCACGCUACUCCGCCGCCACACCCGGCGUCGGAGAGUGGUCCCUCCUCCAGGAAUCCGUCGGCGUCUCCGCCAUGCACAUGCAGCUCCUCCACAACAACAAGAUCGUAAUAUUCGACCGCGCCGAUUUCGGAUCCUCGAACCUCUCCCUACCCGCCGGAAAAUGCCGGUUCGACCCGAGAGCCGCCAAGCACGACUGCACGGCGCACUCCCUCCUGUACGACGUCGAUUCAAACACCUACCGCCCGCUCAUGGUCCAGACCGACGUCUGGUGCUCCUCCGGCGCCGUCAACUCCCUCGGAACCUUAGUUCAGACCGGCGGAUACCACGACGGGUACAAGAAGAUCCGAACCUUCACGCCGUGUAACGACGACACCUGCGAUUGGGUCGAGCUGCCGUUAAAUCUAACGGUGCAGAGAUGGUACGGCUCCGAUCACAUCCUCCCCGACGACCGAGUCAUCGUCGUCGGCGGAAGAAGGGCUUACAGCUACGAAUUCUUCCCCAACAACGACAACCGCGUUUUCCCAUUCCCUCUGUUGAAAGAAACAACCGACCCGAAAGAAGAAAACAAUCUCUACCCGUUCUUGCAUUUACUACCCGACGGAAACCUAUUCGUUUUCGCCAACCGCCGCUCUCUCUUACUUGAUUACAAGAACGACAGGAUCGUCAGAGAAUACCCCGAGAUUCCCGGCGAGAAGAGAAACUACCCGGCGACGGGAUCCUCCGUCAUGCUCCCGUUGAAGCUGGGGAAUUCUUCCUACCCCACCGUGGAGAUCCUGAUAUGCGGCGGCGCUCGCGGCGGCGCGUACCUGAAAGCUCUGAGGGGUAGGUUCAUGGCAGCUUCGAAAUCAUGCGGGAGAAUCCGGGUCACGGAUCCGGAGCCGGUUUGGGUUAUGGAAGACAUGCCGCUUCGUCGGGUCAUGCCCGAUAUGCUGCUCCUACCCACGGGUGACGUCAUCAUAGUCAACGGGGCGGCGAGAGGGUCAGCCGGGUGGGAAUGCGGGGACGAACCGGUACUGAGUCCGGUUAUGUACUACCCGGACGAACCCGACCCGGCUAAGAGAUUCAGCGCGCUGAGCCCCUCAACAAAGCCGAGGAUGUACCACUCAGCCGCCAUACUAUUGCCAGAUGGCAGGAUAUUAGUGGGCGGGAGCAACCCGCACGUGAAGUACAACUUCACAGCGGAGAAGUACCCCACGGACCUGAGCCUCGAGGCGUACUCGCCCCCGUACCUGGGGACGGAGUACGCCCAUCUCCGGCCGUCGAUCCUGUCGAUCGACGGGACGGAGGACAACGCGGUGGCGUACGGGCAGCAAUUCACAAUCAGUUUCAGCUUGGGUGGGUUCCAGCUUGUUCCAGGGGAGUACCUCGUGACGAUGGUGGCGCCAUCUUUUACGACGCACUCGUUCGCGAUGAACCAGAGGUUAUUGGUGUUGUACGUUAGUGCGGAGCAGCAGAUUGCUCCCUUUGCGUAUAAGGUUACGGUGAAUGCGCCGCCGACGGCUAAUAUUGCGCCGCCGGGUUAUUAUAUGCUGUUCGUGGUGCACCAGGGUGUACCGUGUCAUUCCGUUUGGAUAAAGCUGCAUAUAUAGUAAUUUAGUAUUAGUAGGGAAAUUGUGAAUAGAAUGUGAUUGAUUAUGUAUAUCAUUUUCUACAAAAAAGAAAAGCAUAGAGUAAUUAGUGAUUCUUUUGUUUGCUCUUUUUAAUACUUUCAUAUUUAGUAUAUUCCCCUUUUUUUUUUGAAAAUAUUAAUUAAUAUUUUUCUC